AUGAUAGAGGGUAGCAGCAGCCCUACGGUCAGCCAAUGUCCCAACUCUGAAGAGAACGGCCCAGAAAAGAACAAAGAAAAGAAGGAAGCCCAGGUUGUUCUCAAACUCCUGUCUCAGACUCCUGAGUGCAAGGACUACAGACAUCAGCAUCGCGCGGGCGGGAAAACCCAUUGCCCCCGCCUUAGCCGCUCCUGCAGCGCACACACUGUGCGGCUCUCGUCCCUGCUGGGCCUGGCCCUUGGCGUCACGGCGCUCGCUCAAGCCGCUUGUGACGUCACGGUCCGGACCCGGGACCUUCUCGUGGUUUACGCGAGGGAGGAGGCGCCAGUGGCGAACGUUCGGUGGGUGCGCGCCCCCGCGCGGGGCGCUGGUUGCUAUGGACGCCGCGGCGGCCGCUGGAGGGCGGGGUCGCGUGGGGUGCAGCGCAGCGCGGUUGUCUCGGGGGCGCGGUGGCGCAGGACCACGCUCGCAGCCAGGGGCGGCACCAUGAAGACUAUUAGGAGGGAACACCGCAUCAGAUUGCCAGCAAGCAGGUUUUUGGAGGUCGCAGAGACCAUCAGAGAAAAGAAGCGGGCAAAGACAGCUGAACAGCCCACGCCCCCCAUUCAGGAAGAGACGGAGCCUAUUAGUAAUGUCCUACAAGGAGAUGACAUUCUUGCAUUAGCCAUUAAGAGGGAAGACUUGAAGAAGCAACACAUUCCUCGGCUUACUGAAACACAAGACAGGCCUGUUAUUACUCAGAAAUUUAUCAUUCGUAAGCUCAAACCCAAGGAUCCUCGAAGGAAGGUCUGUCACUUGGUAGCACAUCCUGCUAAUCCAGAUGCAGCCACAAAGCCCCUGGACUAUUCUGGUCCUGGUGACAACUUCGAUAGCAGUGACCAGAUCCUGCCUCACCACAUCUUAGGGAGUCUCCAGGACUUUAAGAGAAUUGCAGUUGCUCGAGGGAACACCCAGCUGGCGGAGCUGAUACAGACCCAACCCUGCCUGAUGACCUUCAUCACAGCUAAAGAAGAGCCAAAGCAAAGGGCCCCAAAGGAAAAGAAGAGACCUCCCUGGGCCCCACCUCCUCAGCACAACUUUCUGAAAAACUGGCAGCAUCAUCUCACCCUGCGGAAGAAGCAGCAGGAAGCCCUCAGUGAGCACCUGAAGAAGCCGGUUGGGGAGCUUCUGAUGCACACUGGUGAGACCUACAGAAGGAUCCAGGAGGAGCGGGAGCUCAUUAACCGUACACUCCCAAGACAGCGUGAUGGGAAUGACUUUAAGGACACCAUUGGGUUCUGGAGUCCAUUGGAAUGUUUGGGAGAUGAGAUGACAGGUCUGAUCAUGACCAAGACAAAAACUCAAUGUGGCCUCAUGGAACCUAUCACUCGCAUCAGGAAGCCCCACUCUAUCCAGGUGGAGACGGGAUUACGAGCCAAGAAGGAUGCUUGGUAUCGUUACACCUGGGACCGGAGUCUGUUUCUGAUCUAUCGCCGCAAGGAGCUACAGAGCAUCAUGGCUGAUCUGGAUUUUAGCCAGCAGGAUAUUGACGGCCUGGAGGUGGUGGGCCGAGGGCAGCCCUUCUCAUCAGUCAGUGUGGAAGAUUGUACAAUUUUUGAAAAGAGCCAGGAAAGCUCCUCUGAAGACAAAGAUUACCCUGAUACAGCCUCCAUGCCUAUUCUUGGCCCUUCUCUGCUGUUCUGUGGGAAGCCAGCUUUCUGGAUCAGAGGCAGUAACCCAGAGGGCAAGAGGAAUGUCGGAAUUGGUGCUCGCUUGACCUUUGAAACCCUGGAAGGGGAGAAAACAUCUUCAGACCUGACCGUGGUCAAUAAUGGCACUGUGGCCAUUUGGUACGACUGGCGACGGCAGCCCCAGCUAGAUUCUUUCCAAAGCCUGAAGAGAAACAGGACACAGCGGUUUUACUUUAACAACCGGGAAGGUGUGAUUCUGCCUGGAGAAACAAAAAACUUCACCUUCUUCUUCAAGUCUUCGAAGGCUGGGAUCUUCAGGGAAUCCUGGGAGUUUGGAACCCACCCCACCCUCCUGGGAGGUGCUCUUCUACAGGUCAAUCUCUAUGCAGUCUCAUUGGCCCAGGACAUUUUUAAGGAUGACAGGAUAUUGCUGGAGAACAAGCUGGCUGCCCGUGAGGCGGUCACCAUCGUGCAGAGCGUGGUACAAGAACUGCUAAGGGGGAUCUCGACCCCAGAGCGCAUGCUAUCACCUGUGGAUGCCUAUCUCACUGAGGAGGACUUGUUCCAACACAGGCAUCCCCAGCUGCAUUACCAACAUCAAGUGGUACAAAACCUGCACCAACUAUGGCACCAGUACAUGAUCCUGCCUCUCAAGACCCAAGAGGCCCAGCUAAGCCAAGAGAAGCCCCAGGGCUCCAGGACCCCAGGGGUUAUGGUCCCGUCAGUCUAUAUGGGGAAGACCUCAACAAAUGCUGACCAACUGGCAUGGCAGGAGCAUGUGACCCAGACGGAAGGCCGAGAUCUUUUCCUGUCCCAGAAGUUUGCAGUGGAGCCCAAGAAUUCUCCGCGGAAGAGCAUCAUGGAGGAGAUCCUGGUGGAGGAGAGCCCAGAUGUGGACAGUGCCAAGAGCCCUUCCGAGCCCCUGCCUGAGUGGAACCUCUGCUUGGAAGAUUUCAGACAGGCAGUGAUGACUCUCCCUGAAGAGCCCCAGAGAGAGGAUGCCCUAAUCCAGCUCAAUGAGGCAGCCCUGGAGCUGUGCCAGGAGCAAAGGCCAUUGCAGUCCGACCUCCUGCACCAGAUGUGUUUGCAGCUGUGGCGAGAUAUGAUUGACAGCCUGGUGAGCCAUUUGUGGCUGAGGGCUCUGCUGGGCCUGCCCGAGAAGGAGACGGUCUAUUUGGAUAUUCCUGAAGAGCAAGAUCAAAAGUCAUCUCCCAUCACAGAAAUAAAGGUGCCAGCUGGGAAAGUUGGGAGGGAGGAGCGGAAAGGGGCAUCCCAGGAAAAGAAGCAAUUGGGAGCCAGAGACAAAGAAGACAAGAAAGGAGCCAAGAUGCCAGGAAAAGAGGACCGUGUCAACAGCAAGAAGCAGAAGGCAAAGGAUGACAAGAAAGUAAUGAAAACUUCAAGUCGGGACAGGCUUUCCUCAGAAGAUCCUUCAGCAUCUUAUCCCACCGCCCCUACCCAGGAGCCCAUGGAUCCCCUGGUCAUGGAGAAAUACACCCAGAGGCUGCACACGGAGGUCUACGGGCUGCUGGACACCCUGCUGACUGAAAUGAUGAUCCUGGCUGAUGAGCUCAGCCCUCUAAAGAAUGUCUAUGAGCCUUUGCAUCUAUGUACCUGA